AUGCUAUUAUUUCUAUUGCAAUCAUUGUCUGCAUUAUUUCGAUCUUGUCCUUUUUCAUCAUCUCCCUUACACGAUACUCUCCUCCUCCUAUUCCAUUUUAAACCUUUCCCGACUCUCUUUUUAUCUUCCGGAAUUCUCUCUCUCUCACACACACACUCUCUCUCUCUCUCUCUCUCUCUCUCUCUCUCUCUCUCUGUCUUUCCCUGCUUUAUUUUUAUUGCUCCCACUCCCUUUUUUUGUUGUUUUUUUGCCCAAUCUGAAACAUUUUUCCUCUUUCUUAUAAUCCUCCCGCCUUUAUUUUUAUUCACUUUUUCUUUUAUUUCUCCCGUUCUCAGUUUUUUUCACUCUACUAUUCUUUACUGUCUCUCCCUUUUCUCUUUUGCUGCAUCUUCUUUUUUCUGUCAUUUUCACUUUCUUUUUCAGCUCCUUCUCUCUUUCUCUCUCGCGCACACGCACAUCUCAUUCUUACUACUUCCUUUCUCUCAAAUUCAAAAAGACAUUAUUUUUCAUCAUUCUCACUGUUUUCGUUCUUUAUUGCCUCUUUUCUUUCUUUUUCUGUCCAUUUUUUAUCUUUUUCAAUCUUUCAUUUUUUUCAUUAACAUUCGUUUUACCUUUGUCUAUUUCAUUGCUUCAAUCUUAACCCCCCCUCUCCUCUCUCUCUUUUUCUUUCUUUAA